UGAGUUUUCAGAGAAGGAACACUCAAAUAUUUUUCACUAAAAAGGGUAAUAGAAAAGUGGUAAGAUUGCACUCUGUCAGAGGCGGAGAACUUUCAAGACCAAGUAGAACGAGGCAGGCCUGUCGCGUUCCAGCUCCCCCAGGUUUCACUGUAGAUAUUUACAAGUAGUACUAAGUGCUAUGAAAAAAAAAAAUGCCAGUGCUGUGGAGGUUUUCGCAGGGAGAACUAAUUUAGUUUUUAGCUUUAAGAAACCUAAGAAUUACAAGCAUUGUUUUGUAAUUAUCCUCGCUCUAAGACUCCGUGAUGUAAUAGCCGUGACUUCAGCCGAGGGGGAAGAAACGUCGUCUGUACCGAAUACCCUUUGCAUGGUGAUGAAUAUCCUCCCCCAGCAAUGAAGUGCAAUUGAAAAUUGGGGCUGCAGUUGACUUUGAUUCUGUUGCCAGUGCAAGCUCCAAAUCCCAAUCAUUCCCCAAGACAAAUACACACUGUCCCCCCUGGGCUUGUGACAAUACUACCCGCUCGAAUGGCUUGUUGGGUCUCUCUCUGCACCUUAGCUUUCCGCUAGAAGGAAGACUUCUGUUACUCGGUUUCAGGUUUUGAUUUCUCUCUCUUUCUCUACUACAGCAACAAUGGGUAACGAAAUGAGUGUCCCACAAAGGGUUGAAGACCCAGAGGACGAAUCGGAGACAGCCACUAACCAGGUGGCAUCUAAGAACAAUUGUGUCACCAACGGGGUGCCUGUGAUUGUGUCAACGUGCACCAUUCAACACUACGAUGAAGUCGAUUUGGGAAUAAGUGUCCAAGAGGACAAUGUGGCCACUUCUUCCCCCAAGACAAUGGAGAUAAGCAGUGUUGCAGAUGCCAGCGGAAAGAAUCUUGGGAAAGAUGCCAAACCCGAGGCACCAGCUGCUAAAUCUCGUUUUUUCUUGACACUCUCUCGGCCUGUACCAGGACGUGCCAGAGACCAAGCCACGGAUUCAUCCAUUGGAUCAGUACAGCUUGAUGUCAGCUCCAAUAAGGCCCCAGUGAACAAAGCCCCAAGUGAGAGCAUGGCACUCCCGGUGGCAGCUGCAGCGGGGUCCGGCCCCGAUAACACCCCAGAGCAGACCCCCGCUGAAGACGAAGCCACCUCUUCCUCUUGGGGACCAGCCCCUCUCCCCCCUGAGUCAGGGGGAGCAGCUCCCUCCAAGCCCAAGGACACCAGCUUUUUCGACAAACUCUUCAAACUGGACAAGGGACGCCAAAAGGCACCAGCUGAUAACCAACCAGAAACCCGGCCUGCAGAGCGUCAGGAAGAGGCUGCUGAAACUGCAGGGUUACCCAGGCCGUCCGACGAUGGCCCCGCAGAGCAGGACCUAGUUGACAGCAAGGCAAAAGAAGGACAGGAAAUCACAACUUGGAGCUCUUCUGUCCCGGAGGCCCCAGAAGAAUUGGAGAUUGCAAAGGAGAACCCCCAGACCACAAAUACAACAGAGAAUAAUAAUUCCAUCAUGAGUUUCUUUAAAACUCUGGUUUCACCUAACAAAGCUGAAACAAAGAAAGACCCUGAAGACACGGCAUCCAAAGCUGAGAGUAUCUGUGACGGACAAGCUGGUCAGAAGACAUCAGAGAGCCAGGCAAAAGGCACCAAGAAAAAGCACCUGGAUAGCCCCAGGCUAGGACUUGCCUUUAGAAGGUUCUUUAGGCAUAAGGGUGCUGAAAAGUCACCCCCUGCUUUGGCUGACCCCAAGUCAGACAAGGCCAACUUCAUACCUCAGGAGGCCCAAGGGGCAGCCAGGAAUCCUAAAAGCUGCAACCCCCCGGGUCACGUGCCGUCUGCAGCAUCGGCUGAGACAGCAAAGGAAGGUGGCAAGGAGAAAGCAGGACCCACCUCUUCACCUCUGGGCAAACUGUUCUGGAAAAAGUCAAUUAAAGAGGAAUCAGUCCCCACAGGUUCAGAGGAGAAUGUGGUGUGUGAAUCCCCAGUAGAGAUUACAAAGUCCAAGGAGGUAGACUCGGCCUUACAAACAGUGGAUCUCAACGAGGAUGGAGAUGCGACACCUGAACCUGCAGAAGUAAAACCCAAAACAGAAGACAGCAAACCACCAAGAACCACCCUGAUGGCAUUUUUCAGGCAAAUGUCAGUGAAAAGGGAAGGAGGGAACACCCAUUCAGAAGAAAUAAAUGGGAAAGAUUCGAACUACCAAACAUCAGACUCUGCAGAGAAGGCCACCACACCACUGGAGCCAGAGCUGACCACAGUAGUCCAGAAGGGGAAAGAGGGCUCCUCGAAGGACAAGAAGUCACCAGCCGAGAUGGAGAAGCAGAAAAGCCGCAAGCAAGAAGCCAAAGAACCGGCCCCGUGUGCGGAGCAGUCUGUGGUGGAGAUGAACUCUCUGCAGAACGGGGACAAACCCCAGAAGAGACCUGAGAAGAGGCGGCAGUCCCUUGGGGGCUUCCUGAAGGGCCUGGGACCAAAGCGGAUGUUGGACGCUGAAGUGCAAACAGACCCAGUGUCCAUCGGACCCGUUGGCAAAUCCAAGUAAACAAACCAUCACAGUUCCCACCAAGUCCUCCUGCCAUCAAGAUACCUUCUCCCUCUUCAGCCACCUCCCCAAACUCGCUCCAUGUAUAUAUUUCUGAUUCUUGUGACCAUCAAACGAAAUUCUGCCUACCCAUUAAGCCUGAGCUGUUGUAUGUUGAGGUGUAUUUUUACGUCUCUGGUCCAGUCUUUCCUGGUAAAUAACUGUAAAGAUGGUUCAGCAGGUUCACUAGUUAGGUCAGAAGAGUUGAUGGUGGCCAAGCAGGGGGAAGGAGGAAGUGGAGGAAGGCAAUUCUAGUUACGAAAAAUGUCAGUGACAGUAUGUUGCAGAAUUAAUUUGGCUGCUAGGAGAAAUUAAGCUUUGUCGUAAAUACAUGCUCAUCCUCUGAGUUUGAAGAGGGGAAAAUAAAAUCGAUUUGUUUAAGUCCGUAUUUCCAAGAGGGAGAACACGGGCUGUGCGUUGGGAGGUUGCCAACUUCCUGGAAUGGAAUGUGUGAGGAGUGACAAAGGAAUGAAUAAGAGUGGUUUUUCAAAUAGGGUCUUUGAAUAUUACUGAUGAGAGGGAAAAGACUGGCUGGAGAGGGCUUGAAAUGAUUUUAGAAAACAAUUGCUUUUUGAGGCUCGGGGCAAGGGCGGGGAUUACAACUUCAAAAAAAAAAAAAGUAAAUGAAGUUGCAAGUUUAUUUUGCAACACCAGGGGGCGCCAAGGCCUCCAUUUUGAUCCCGCAUCCUGUAUCACUAACAAAGAUUUGGUCUUCUGCAAUCUUACAUUAUUAAUGUUUCUCGGAUGGCUGAGAGGCUUGCUUCAUCUGUUCUGUCUGACACUUAUCUCAAGCCUGUCUGUAAUUUCCUAAUGUUCUCAGGAUGUGCUCUGAUAAAACCCUCCCCAUAACCCCAGUUAAUAAAAGUUACAGAAGAUUAUUCAAAUACCUGAGUUUUUUUUUUUUAAUACUUGUACAGAGGAGUAAAUAGGAAAGUGAAUCUAUUAUAAUGUAACUCAAAGUCGAUAUGAUUGACUGACAGUCAUGUAUACUGUGCCUUUCUUUUUCUGAUUUAAUAAAAUGUAUCUAUACAUGCAUUUACUUCUAAAGUAUCUUUUCAUUUUCAACAUUUAAAGCAGGCCUCUCCUACUCUAUGUCUGGGUUGCCCUUAAUGUCACAGUAUGAAGUCAGUGCUAUUUCUCAUUGUAUCUUCUCUCCCAAACCUUCCUGGGUGUCCUCACACGGAGGCACAUACACAUACAAGUGCAGACACACACCAGCACACAGUAGGUGCUCACACAUGCACAUGUCUCCAGCUGGGUUGCAUAUGUAGGGCCCAACCUGAGACCGGGAUCCAGGGGCCUGUGAUUUACUGAGGGAGGGUUCCCAGAGAAAGGGAGAGAGCAAGGGAAACACAUGGAGCAGGGAAGGAGCUGAGGAAGGGCUGGUCUCAGUGGGACUUGAGCUUCAUCUUGAUCCCAUGGGGCCUCGGAAGCAUGACUGGCACCAAAGAGUUGGUUCCACCUUGAGGCAAGGAGACCAGCCCUUGCACCUUCUGUUGACGAAAAAAGGGGUCCCCUGGGAGGUGGGUGGGGUCCGACCUGGACAAACUACUCCCACUGAGCUCAGAAGCAGGGGAGAGCUGGGGUCCCUUAGCAGCCAACACCCACAAAAGCUGGGGGUGGGUGCACUGGCAGUGCCCACUACUGAGACACACCUGUA